UUUGAUUUUCUACUAGGUCUGUCAAAAUCCUUGGGGCUUAUUGAAGGCUAUGGUGGUCGUGGCAAAGGUGGCUUGCCUGCCACUCUUUCUCCAGAGGAGGAAGAAAAAGCCAAGGGACCCCACGAAAAAUAUGGCUACAAUUCCUAUCUCAGUGAGAAAAUAUCAUUGGACCGCACCAUACCAGAUUAUCGUCCAACUAAGUGUAAAGAGCUUAAAUAUGCAAAGGAUCUCCCACAGAUUUCUAUUAUCUUUAUCUUUGUCAACGAGGCACUUUCAGUCAUCCUGCGUUCAGUUCACAGCGCUGUAAAUCACACUCCGGCUCACCUCUUGAAAGAGAUCAUCCUUGUAGAUGACAACAGCGAUGAAGAAGAAUUGAAGGCACCACUGGAAGAAUACGUCAACAAGAGAUAUCCAGGCCUGGUGAAGGUAGUCCGUAACCAGAAAAGAGAAGGUUUGAUCCGAGCUCGCAUUGAAGGCUGGAAAGUGGCCUCAGGGCAGAUCACAGGCUUCUUUGAUGCACAUGUGGAAUUCACCGCAGGCUGGGCAGAGCCAGUUCUUUCAAGAAUCCAGGAGAACCGGAAAAGGGUCAUCCUCCCAUCAAUUGACAAUAUCAAGCAGGACACCUUUGAGGUGCAGCGCUAUGAAAAUUCAGCCCAUGGAUACAGCUGGGAGCUUUGGUGCAUGUAUAUUAGUCCGCCAAAGGAUUGGUGGGAUGCAGGAGACCCUUCCUUACCUAUCAGGUUGCCCUCUCUAUUAUAUAUAUAUAUAAUAUACAGAAAGUUUUUCAGACAGACCGGUCUGAUUGAUUCUAUNAUGGAUGUUUAUGGUGGAGAGAACAUAGAACUUGGAAUAAAGGUAUGGCUGUGUGGUGGCAGCAUGGAGGUUCUCCCUUGCUCUCGAGUGGCCCACAUUGAGCGCAAGAAAAAGCCGUACAACAAUAACAUUGGCUUUUACACCAAGAGGAAUGCACUGCGGGUGGCUGAGGUGUGGAUGGACGACUACAAGUCCCAUGUAUACAUUGCAUGGAACCUGCCAUUGGAGAACCCAGGAAUUGAUAUUGGAGAUGUUUCGGAGCGAAAAGCACUUAGAAAAAGUUUGAAGUGCAGAAGUUUCCAAUGGUACCUGGACCAUGUCUACCCAGAAAUGAGAAGAUACAAUAACACCAUUGCCUAUGGAGAGCUGAGGAACAACAAGAUAAAAGAUGUCUGCCUCGAUCAAGGGCCACAGGAAAAUCACACGGCGAUCCUCUACCCGUGCCAUGGCUGGGGGCCACAG